GAUUUGAGAAUAAAAACCUUUAUCAAAGAAAUUUGUGAGAGAAAGCAUUUUUCCAGUUCCAAGUUCAAACUACGAAGAAACGCAGCAGAAUAGGAACCUUUCUGACUCUAAUCACUGCAACAACAUCUUCUCUUUCAAUGGAUUACCUUAAAUCAGCGCUUCCUUCCCAAAUAAUGUCAGAACGAGGCUCCAAUUUGGUUGUUAUCAACCCUGGUUCUGCAAAUAUUAGGAUUGGUUUGGCUUCACAAAAUAACCCCCUUAAUAUUCCCCAUUGUGUUGCUCGCCAUACCAAACAAGUUCCUAAGAGGAAUGUCAUAGAUCAGAUGCUCAAUAGUCAGGUCACGACUGUACAGCACAUGGAAAGGGAAAAGUCUUAUGAUGUUAUUGCAUCACUAUUGAAGAUACCAUUUCUAGAUGAAGAAGCUCCCAGUAACUCUUUCCCUCGUAAGAUGGGACGUGUUGAUGGACAUAAUCCACAUAUUCUCAGGAAAGAUUUGCCGUUCACUUGGACUAACGUCUAUGAGGAGGCCACUAAUUCAUCUUUGUCACUAGAGACUUCAAGUAAAGAUGAACCUAGUGAUUCUUUGGAUCCAAAAGAAGGUACAGAUUCAAAGGAACCUAAUGCAAGUGAACAAAAAUUCAGAGAGUUCAUUUGUGGUGAGGAAGCAUUAAGAAUAUCACCAACUGAACCAUAUUGUUUAUGUCGUCCAAUCCGCAGAGGACACCUGAAUAUUUCUCAACAUUAUUCCAUGCAGCAGGUACUUGAGGAUCUACAUACUAUUUGGGAGUGGAUUUUAGUAGAGAAACUGCAUAUCCCUCGCAAUGAAAGAAACAUGUACUCUGCUAUUCUUGUGAUGCCAGAAACAUUUGAUAAUCGUGAAAUAAAGGAAGUACUAUCUUUAGUACUGAAAGAACUCUGCUUUGGCUCAGCAGUGGUUCACCAGGAAGGUCUUGCUGCUGUUUUCGGAAGUGGACUAUCAACCGCAUGUGUUGUGAAUAUUGGGGCUCAAGUGACAUCACUUUUAUGCAUAGAGGACGGAGGUGCUCUGCCUUCAACUGGAAAGACAUUACCUUUUGGUGGUGAGGAUAUAUCAAGGAGCCUUCUCUGGACCCAAAGGCAUCACCAGACUUGGCCGCAAAUUCGUACAGAUGUUUUAACGAAGCCUAUUGAUAUGUUAAUGUUAAAUCAACUGAAAGAGACAUAUUGUGAAAUCAAAGAUGGGGAACUUGAUGCUGUUGCAGUAGUUCACUCAUACGAGGACAGGGUACCAGCUGGAUCUCAUAAGACAAGGCUUACUGCUCUUAAUGUUCCUCCUAUGGGAUUGUUCUAUCCAAUGCUUUUAGUUCCUGAUGUGUAUCCUCCUCCACCUCGCACUUGGUUCCAUGACUAUGAGGAUAUGCUUGAAGAUACAUGGCAUAUUGACUUUUCCCGGAAGUCUGACAUGUCAGAUACAUUCUAUCCCAAUGUUAAUGGGGGAUUACCCAUGUGGGAAAGCUAUCCAGUUUUUUCAACUAAGCCAAAAAAGGAAGAAAAAGUUGGCCUUGCAGAAGCUAUUACUAACUGCAUUCUCUCAACUGGUCGCAUAGACAUCCAGAGAAAAUUAUUUUGUAGCAUACAAUUGACUGGCGGGGUGGCAUUGACAAAUGGUUUAGUCGCUGCAGUCGAGGAAAGGGUUUUACAUGCCAUUCCUCCAAAUGAAGCAAUUGACACUGUGGAGGUUCUACAAUCAAGGACAAAUCCAACAUUUGUGUCUUGGAAAGGCGGGGCGAUUCUUGGAGUACUCGAUUUAGGGAGGGAUGCAUGGAUAAAUCGGGAGGAUUGGAUUCACAACGGAGUUCACGUUGGGAGUAACAAAAAAUACAAGGAUUCGUAUUAUCUUCAAGCUCAAGCUAUGUGUUACAUGAAUUCUUGAAAGGCUUGUGAGACACUACAUUGAAAAUAGAGAACGAGUGUGUUAAAAAUGUAUGAAAUAGUUGCAUUAUUCGCUGACCCUGUUAUGUUUUUGUUGUGCCAUAGGACAAAGUUAAUUCAAGUGGGUUUAAGCAGUUGUCUAGAAUCUGAAUGAAAUUACUUGAAACUGUUGAGAUUAAUUAAUCCUAGUGAGCGGGAAUGAAUGAACUUUGUAAAUACAUCCUGAAAUGCAUUCGUUUAUGCUAAGUGUUGCAUAGUAGUAGAGCCCACAUCGAAGAGGUGAAGUAGAAGGAAUGCCAAUGAGCUCUUAUAGAUACAGCAGGAGAGCGGCUAUGCAGAUUUAAAAAGGGUCAGUUGGCUAAAUAUGCCACGUUCACCCUCGUUGGUGAAUGCUGUAUGGCUAUCAAGACAUAUGGCUGACAUAAUUUCUGGAAACGAAUAGGGUUGGCUCGCUUGGCCGACCCUCCAUUUACACCUUCAACUCUUUUCUAAUUAUUCAUUAUUUUUUCUUUCUAUGUAUAUUAUUAUCUGUGUCUUACUCUGAUCUCUUAUUUUACAAUCGUUGUAACUUUCCCUUUUAUGCAUCUCAGGUGUUU